AUAACCUGUAUUUCCUGGAGACGCAUAAACAUAUAUUUUAACCCCUGAAAAAACCGAUAUACGAUACUGUGUCCAUGACUGUCAAAUUCUAACGGUAAUACGGUUGAGGAAAGCUGGGCAGUCCUAUUGAUUGGCCUGUUCCAGGAGCUGUUGAAAACGUUGUAUGGAAGCGUUCGUUCAACUGGCAUUGCUCUUCAUGCAGCAUGCGCGCCGACGAUGAUGUAUAACCACCGGUCGUGUAACUGUCUUCUUAUGGAAAAUGCAACUGAUAAAACCCCUUUAAAAAUAAAAGGACCGUGUUGGUUUCAAGGGACAUCACUCUUGUUUAUUUACGGUCGUCGUCGUCUGCUAUGGACGGAUCGGUCGAGACACAACUGUCAACGCUGCUUGUACAAUGGACAGAAAACGAUUUUCUGAUGGAGUAAAAGAUUCACAGCUUUCUGAACCCCAAGAAAGUUUUCUUACAGAAGAACCUCAUAAAAAUGAACCUUUUCCAAAUGAGGAGCAGAUUGGUAUUAUAGUUAUCUAUCCUCCAGAUAUAGAUGGUGAGACAAAAACUUUUGAGUACUUAAAACCAAAAGAAGGAUUUCUGGAACAUCUGUUGGAAGUAGACAAAAUAGAAAACGGACACACAAAACCUUCACCCAUAGCUGUAGAUGACAAAGACAGAAUAUUACCACAAGAUAGAAAGUUAUGUUCACUAUCAUCUUUUGUUGAAACCAGGAACUAUCUAGCUGAGAGGGGAGUUGUUAUAACCCCAAGGAGUUCUCAUGAAUACAAGUUGUUCACAGUAAAAGGUGGAAAAAUAUUUUCGGAAAACAAAGAUAUAUUGCAAAAUUGUAAUGAACCUUAUGACACGAGCGGUACAAGGAUUGAAUUAAGAUUAAACCAAACUGCAAAUCCAACAGUUGUAUCAUCUCUCCCAGGUGCUUUGUCUGACCCGUGUGCGCGAUCACCAGCUUCCAUUAACAAGAUGAGCUACACAAUUGACGGUUAUACAUCGGCAUCGUCGUCACGGCUGCUGCAGGAGGAACUGCGCCAACUGAACGAACGCUUCAUGUCGUAUAUACAGCGCGUUCGACAGCUUGGUGAACAGGCCAGUCAGGGCGACUGCUCAGCUUUACUCACGUCAACAAAAAGUCUCGAGCAGGAAAUAAACAACUUAAAAAAUCUGUAUGAGCAGGAAUUGCAGAAACUAAGGGAUGAGAUGGAAGCUUUGAAUAAGGACAAGGCAUGUUAUCAAGUCCAGAGCAACAAACAUCAACAGGUGGCUGCCGAGCUACAGGAAAGGUUUUUGUACAGAAUGUCGGGAGAGGUUGACAAGAACCGGAAACUGAGAGAUGAGCUUAACAGCCUCCAGAGAAAGGUUGUCCAUCUUGAUGCAGAACUACAUGGUAGCAGCCGGGCCAAUGAGAUGCCCUCUGAUUCCAUCAGUUUCCAGAGAACUAUUGAAAACCUCAGAAGAGAAAAUGAAGUCUGGCAGAAAAGAUACGAACAUGAACAGAUAGCUCGGCAGCAGGCAGAAGAUCUGAUACAACAGAUAAUGAAGAAAGUUGAAUUCAAUGAACAGGUCUACAAGCAACAGCUCAAAGACCUGAACGAACGGAAUAAUGGUGCCGUAGCGACCAUCAUGUGCCUGGAGACGAAGAUCCGUGAGCUUACCAAUAAUGACAACUCUGUCUCAGAUAUGCUUAAGCAAGUCCGGGAGGUAGCUGAAUCUGAACUCAAUAAAUACAAGAUGGAAACAGAGGCACAGCAGUUUCGAGAUAUGUCUGGACUGAAGUCGCAGAUGCAGCAGGACUCAACUAUCAUUGAGAAUUUUCAGGCUGAAAACAGCAGACUUCAAGCAUGCAAUGAUGAUUUGAUUGGAAAGAUAUACAAACUGGAGGGACAGGAGCCACAUGCUAAACCUGAAAAUAAUAUCUCAGGCCUCGAAUCUCAGCAGCAGACGUUUGAGGACAAUGUCCAGAGAGAGCGCUGUCAGGCAACUGAAAACAUCCGCCGGCUUGAGAACAAACUGCGUCAGGUUCAGGAUCUUCUGUUUGCCAAGAUCCAGGAAGUGAGCGACAGUCGGGAAUCAAAUGUUCCGCUGAAAACCGAAAUUAAGGCUUUGAAGAUUCUUCUAGAAGAGGAGGAGCGAAGACUCACACGAACUCUAGCAUCCCCAACAAAGGUACAUGCAAGUAACCUGCCUAUAUCGCCCAGAAUUACGGAAUCAUUUCCAUCAAGGCCAACUGAAGACAAGAAGCCUUCGACGCCCAGGAGUAGGUCAAACUCUCUGCCCACAUCUCUGCCCACACCUCAGACUACUACAGCUCCAGUAUCCCAGCCUGUCAACACAUACAGCUACAUGCCAGACUUCAUGUCUUCCCCAGCGUUCGCUCCGAUGACGUCGGACCCCGUGUACGACUCGUAUGGCUACAGUACAGGAGCCCAUGCAGGCUACGAAGAGGAUUUCGCAGCGUCGUACACGCCCAUGUAUGUAGACCCUUGUGAGCCGGUUACAUCUGCGGAGUCCACAUCCCGGUACACGUAUGAACGGACGCCCAAUGUAAACCGCCUGCUCCUGGAACAGUCGCCGCAGAACUCGCCAAAAGACAAUGACCCCAGCAGUUCAGCCAACAGUAAGGGUUUGAGGGCCAAGUCAGCUCCAGCCAAUGCCUCUGCAAGGACUGGUAUCAGUCUGGUGCCAUCAUCGCUUGGCACAGGCCGGGACUACUUUGAUGAGAUGUUUCAAGACCUGCAGAGAGACACGCUGUACACUGCAGUGAGGCCCAAGAGCUCCCCGACUGGCCAUCAACCCUACAGCAGCACCACUCACGAUUACACCACUUCAACCAGCAGUUCUAUUGGUGACAUCAAGAUUCUUGAAGUCAAUCAGGAUGGCAAGUUUAUUCGGCUCUUCAAUGAUGGUGCUCAGGAAAUUGAAAUUGGCAAUUACAUGAUCCAACAAAACGUUGGCGGUCAUCCGGUGGCAGUGUAUCGAUUUCCACCCCGCGUGAAGUUUGCAGGAAAUACCACGAUCACGGUGCAUUCUGGGAUGAACGACGUCAUACUUCACCAGCCACCGAAGGAUUUUGUCUGGAAGGAACAGCUAAAAUGGGGUACUGGGCCCGAGUGUACCACUAUUCUGUGUCGACCGUGUGGACAGGCCAUAGCCUGGACGACUGCUGCCCACCGGUUUACACGCGAUCCUUGUGAGGAGAUGCAAAAAGGACGAGCAGGUGGAUCUGUUGAAAGUGACAGUCUGGCUGGGGGGGAUGAGAGGUUGGUGGAGGUGAACAUGGACAGACCACAACUGGAACCAGUCUAUUUGAAGAGAGAGAAGCAGCAGCGACCAACUUUGAACCCAACACGUCAUCCACACGGUACAUCUGAAAAUAUAACUACACAUCCACACACUGGGCAGGCACGACCUCUCAUCUUCGGCAAUGACAACAGCACGAACAGUCGACAGAGCAGAUCUCAGUCAAUGAGGCCGGAUCCUAUCCCAGGUAAAUGCAGUUCCGGUGUUUCUGCCCAGAGAAUGGGGAGUGCACCCCUUCGCAAAUAUACUACAUCAGGAACAUUGAAGGGAAGUGGCUAUAUUGCUAACAAAGCUGACAUGACUCCAGGUAAGACCUCUCCACCACCAAGCCCCUUUAUGAAGCCGCACUACCGCAAGGACGUGGGUCUUCAACAGCUACAAUCACAACACAAUGCCGACUUCAUACCACCCAUGCCACGGCCACCACUCUUCUCGGCUUGGUAACAGUCUCGUCUGUCCACUCGAAACAGCUGCUCAACAACUCAAGCUCUUAAUGUCUUUUUCAAAAUUAUUCUAGGAGUUUUAGUAACUAUUAGGUGGAACUAUCAUAAGUAGCUGUAUGCAGUAUAUGUUUUGGGUUGGAAGGAAGAACUUUUAUUAUGCAACAUUUUCUGUUAUUUUUUCAUUUAUUAUUGUGAGGUGUCAGUGACGUUUGUUUGGUUUUACCCAUUUGUAUUGUUGUUACAUUUAUCAUCUACAUGUAAAUAGGUUUUAGUUGCAACACAUCAUGUCAAGUCCAUUCAUUUGUGACCUGCAGUUUGUUGUACGAUAUUAUUCAGUCUACAAAAAUUCAAAGGUAUGCUUUUACAAUAAACUAUGUAGUUUGUUAUUACCAAUGUCCUUAAACAUUUUGAUUUAAUAAAUAACUGAAUUUUUUUCAUGUUGCUCUAAAAAUAAGUAAAGUUAACCAAAAUACAAAGUUUAACUACAUAGCAUAUAAGAAUAUUAUAAUUUUAGACUGUACAUAAAAAACAUAAUAAACUGCAUUUUAAACAAUAUGUACUUGACCCUUUACAUGUAGGUGUAAUAUUAUUUAAUUUCAUAACUCUAAAACUGAUUUAUAUGGUUGUCACUAUUAAGAAUGAUAUCUAAAAAGUGCAAAAACGUUAUUUAAAUGCACCACAAAUUGUGGAAUUUAAAAAAAAGUUGUAGUUAUAAGCUGAUGAGCUAUUUGUAAUAUCUUGAAGUUAGUGAAGUUAAGCACAGGCUUUUAUAACAAGAAAGAGUACUAUCUAGAAAAUGUCAUUUUGGUUUUCAUUUGAUGAAUUAGGUUUUUUUUAAAGUAGAAAUAUGGAUCCUAAACUAUAAUAAUAAUUUUACUAGUGCAUGCUAUAAUGGUACGUAAUAAAAAUGGUAAGUACUAGUGACUAGAUAUCCUGCUAUCAGUUUAUAUUGCUAUUAUGUUUUGAUUUUUCUUUUCAUAUCUUUUAGAUAAUUUUCAUAAAAAUAUAAAUCUUCCAAAUGAAUAUUUUAGACCAAGCAAGCAUUUAUGAUGCCUAUGUUUUAUCAGGUAUCGUAAAUGUAAAUCAUACAUGAAUACAAGGCAAAAGACCAAAAUGUGCUAAAAUUGAAGAAGAAGAAUUGGUCUGAUUGUUCCUCCCAUGUAGACGGAGUUUCUUAACAGAAACAUUCUGGCUUCACUGGUUUUAUGUAUUAUUUUGACCGAAUGGAUUUUUUAUAAAAUAUAUUUGUAGUCAUGUACCCACCAGUUAUUUGUAUCAUUUAUUCUAUAUUACAUAUUUAUCAGAGUUUUAUACUGUUAUUAAAGUGCCUAUCUGUCUCAAUGCUGCUAUAUAUUAUAUAACUUUAGGUGUACAAUAUUUAUUUUAUGUAUAUAUGUGUAUGAAUAUGUGUAUUUAGUUUAAUUACCAAUUAAUUUAUUUGUUCUUAAUAAAUGUAAUGCAAAUUAGAAUAUGUGCAUACUGUACGAUUCAAAAGUGAUAUAUGUAAAGAUGGAAGCUAUGUACAAGUAUUACAUGUAUUUAUAUCUACAUGUAUAGAUUACUGCAGAAUGAAAAUAAACACUUAAUAAUUUAUUCCAUUUCACAGUGACAGUGUUUAGGUUUCCCUUUGUCAUUAAAAAAUGUCCAGCAAUGUAAUGUCCAAAAGUGAAAUCCUUUUUCUCUUGUUUAGUGUUUCAACAUAUAUGUAUGAGCAAAAAUGGCAAGACAUUACAACAAGGCAGUUGAUGAUAUUCAUUGAAAAAAAACUACAAAACAAAUUGGGUUUACUAAAACAAUAGUUGUAUAAAUUUUGCAUCAAUAUUUAAUAAUAAUAAUAAUAAUAACAAUAAUAUGGGGAUGCAAGAUUGUAACCUUCAAUAUGUAACAGUUGUUACCUGAAAUCUUUAAAACAUUUUUAUCUUGAAAAGGUAAGUAAUGUAAUAUAUACAAUGAAUAUGUUAGUUCAUCAUAGUGAGAGAGUGGGGGAUCAUAAAUAUAAAUAAUGAUUUAACAAACGAUAAAAGCAAGUACCAACUAUUUAAUAGAAUUGGAGCCAUGUUCCCUUACUUAGCUUAUGAAUCAUAUGUACAAAAAUCCUUAUUAUUUUGGUUGAAUUUUUAUGGUGAAAAUAUUAAGUCCUUUUUAAUCAGAUCCAAUUCGAUCUUCAGAUACAAUGUAAAACAAAUAUUGAUAAUCAGUCCAAGGCAGCAUACUAAAUGAUUUUCUAUAUCUUUAUUUCUUUUAAUAUUGAGGUCCUAAGGAUUAUUCAGUUAUCUUCCCUUAUUAGAUUGUACCAUUAUCCAGAUUCUUUCAUUGUGUAAACAUUAUUAAUUUAAAAUUUACCUAAGUUGCUAUUUUUAUAUAAUAAUACAUGUAUUACCUUUUUAAAACCAGACUUCAGUGAGUUAGAAACUUAUCUAUUCUAAUAAACUACUUUUAUCAAAUACAUGUACAUAUAUAUUUAUCAAAGAGAAUUUUUUUAUCAUAUUGUUUUUACUUUAUAUUCUAUACCCUGAACCAAAGGAUGAUCUAGAAACUGUUUAGCAACUCAAAAAUAAAACAUGUAUAUAGUGAUUUCUGUUAAUUAUAUGUAGCUUUUAUAGUUGUUACUUUUUAUACCAUAAACAAAAUAUGUACCAUACUAGUAGUUAGAAUAAAGAAACAAAAACAAUAUUAAAAAGUAUAAUAAUUCUAUCAACUAAUCUGUCUAUAUACUAACAAAUCUUGCUAACUAAUGUUAUUUUUUAUCUAUGUAGAUUCUGUUUUGUAAUGGAUAAGAAAGUUGCUUUAGAAAUUUAGAGGUUAUGGUGUUCUCGUUUAGUCGGCAAAUUGUUCCAAUUCAUUUAUAGAUUAAUAUGCAGCAUCUUUAAAAUACACAUUGCCUUUACAGCAUAUUUUAAACAGUAUCUCAGUAAAAUGUAAUUCCUUGUUGCCUUUGUAUUAUGUGGAUAUGGAAAAUGCUUUAUAUGCUCCAGGCAUACUGCUGAAUUGUGAUGCUUAACAGUUACUUUCUUAUCAUAUGGUUUUUGUUAGACUGUGAUACUUUUUGUUAUCCAAUUAUAUUUUCAGAAGUGCUUCUGUGAUAGAUCUGGAAGAAAUAAAUAUGUUCCAUAGCA